AUGUCUUUCACUCCACUGCGUGUCACUCUCGCACUCGUAGCCACAGGUACUCUCGUGGCUGCUGGACCUUGUGAUAUUUACGCUGCCGGUGACACACCCUGCGUCGCGGCACACAGCACCACCCGUGCCCUGUUUGACGAUUUCGAUGGUUCAUUGUACCAAGUGUCUCGCACGUCUGACGGCACAACUAUAGACAUCGCACCUCUGACUGCUGGCGGUGUUGCCGACGCAGCUAGCCAAGACACUUUCUGUGCCAGCACAACAUGCAACAUCACAAUCAUCUAUGACCAAUCUGGCAACGGCAAUGACCUCAGUCAAGCUCCACCUGGCGGUGCAGCAGAAGGUCCCGAAUCCGGCGGCUACGACAGCCUGUCUGAUGCCACUGCGGCCCCAAUUACACUUAAUGGCCAAGCUGCAUACGGUGUUAAGAUCGUGCCGGGUAACGGCUACCGCAACGACAAUGCCGUGAAUAUAGCUACUGGUGAUGCAGCAGAGGGCCUCUAUGCCGUGGUGGAUGGAACAGACUACAACGACCAAUGCUGCUUUGAUUACGGAAAUGCCGAGACUAGCAACGACGAUACCGGUGCGGGCCACAUGGAGGCUAUCUACUUUGGUAACAACAAGGGCUGGGGUACCGGUGCCGGUAGCGGGCCAUGGCUCAUGGCUGAUAUGGAGAACGGAUUGUUUUCUGGGGAGAGUGCUACAUACAACAGUGGUGAUCCCUCUAUCACUGCGCGAUUCUUUACCGCCGUUCUAAAGGGAGAAUCGAAUGAAUGGGCCAUUCGUGGUGGUGAUGCUACCACAGGCGAUCUGUCUACCUACUAUAGCGGUGCGCGCCCAUCGGGCUACAACCCCAUGCUUAAGGAGGGUGCUAUCAUUUUGGGUAUUGGUGGUGACAACAGCAAUGGUGCCCAGGGAACUUUCUACGAGGGUGUCAUGACGUCGGGAUACCCGACCGAUGAUGUUGAGAACUCUGUGCAGGCUAAUAUUGUGGCUGCCAAAUAUGCCACUAGCUAA